UAACCUUUGACCAAAAAACAAUCCAAACAAAAUUAUGUCGACAGAUCCUUCUCAAGUUAAAGUGGUUCUUGCUGCCCCUUAUGCGUUAGAAGAAGGCGAUUCUUCUCGUAUAUCAAUGUAUCAGAUUCUUGUCCAAAACCCUGUACUUUUCUGGGAUAGGCUACGAGGUUUUUUCAAAUCUUCAAAAAGAAAUUUUAAGAUUCCUAUUGUGGGUGGAGACAGUCUCGAUCUGCACCGGCUUUUUUGCGAGGUCACAUCUCGAGGUGGUCUUGAAAUGGUGAUCAAGGAUCGUAGAUGCAAAGAAGUGAUGGAUGCAUUCCAGUUCAAGACAACAAUUUCAAAUGCAGUAGGUGUUCUAAGGAAAAAUUAUCUGCAAAUGCUUUUCGAAUUUGAGCAUGUGUAUUACUUCAAAGCUCCACUUUCUGAGUUUCCGAGUAGAGAAAAAGCAUUAAUGCGGCUUGUUGAGAAAUCUGCAAUCCAUGACGACAUGGAUGUUGAAGAAGCAAAACCUGGCUUUGUGUUUAAUGGGGUCAUCGAUGGGAAAUUCGAAAACGGCUAUUUUAUAAAAGUGAAGAUGGGCUCGGAAGAGCUCAAAGGAGUGAUAUUCCAGAUGCGUGAUCAAGCGCCUCCGAAAACUCAAAAACACAAGAAUAAGAGAGUCAAAACAUCUCAUCAUCAGGAGGGUCCUCAGCGACCUAAGCCACCAAGAAGUGCUUAUAACUUCUUCUUUUCCGAGCAAUGCGCUAAGCUUAAAGGCGAGUUGGGUACUGGAGCAAAGGGAUCUCUCACCAAGGAAAUUGGGAAGAUGUGGAGCAAUCUCUCUGAAUCUGAUAAACAGGAUUAUGAAGAGAAAUAUCUUAAGAAGAAGAAGAGGGUUAGCAUGGAGUUGUUAGCUGCGAUCAAUGCUGUGGAAACUGUCGCUGCUACUGUUAAAACCGAAACUAUAGCUGGGAUCCAGGUUGUAGAAACUGUAGCUGCCACCAAUGCAGUGGAAACUGGAGUUGUGACUGAUACAACAAAAACUGUAGCUAGGAUGGAGGCAGCGGAAACUGUAGCUGAGACUGAGACAGUGGAAACUGUAGCUGCGACUGAGGCAAUAGAAACUGUAGCUGGCAUGGAUGCAGUUGCAAGUACAAGUGAGUAGUGUUUCUCAAUGGUUGUCUUCUUGGUUUGGUUUUACUUUAUAUUUUCUGUUAUGAGAACUUGCGUUUAAUAAUAAGUUGUAGAACUGGCCGUAGGGCAACUCUUUCAUUCAACUUUGUGUUUUGUUUGAACUUUAUUAUUAUAAUCCUGAAAUGUAAAUUAUAUGCCAAACUUUAUGCUUGAA